AUGUUCGUCCUCAGAAAUGUUGGGAAGCUGAUCUUCGGCGAUACCUCGAAAGAGUCCAUGAUCGAUAUCCCACAAGGUCAACUAUACCUCGUUCGGCCACUUUCACCCAAAGGUUACUCCGAACUCAUCUUCAAGGACGCUGCAGCGAGGAUACGACGGACAAAUCAAGAAUUCCAGUAUCAACUCGUGAUCCAAAGGGCGUACGAGGAGGGUGAGGCCGAAUUACUAGACGACGAGGAUGGGGAGGACGUCGAAUCUGCAGCCUUAGCGGCCGAACGCGACGAGAAGACUUUUCUGCUUGAUGAGGGCUUACAUUUUCGGUCCGAAAUCAGACAGGGGGGAGAAAUGGUGUUGGCUUGGAGAGAUUUGAGUGGUGAUGCCAGCGACGUCUAUGAAUUUGUCUGCGACAACUCGAUUGACGAGGCUCAAGUGCAAGCGUUUGAGCUAACUGCAGUACAUUGUCAAUACGAACGGAAACACAGAAAGAGUUACCAAACCGCAACGAAACAAGAGCUUGCCCAAUUUGUAUUCGCGGACGAGCCACCUAUUCCCAGUGCGAGCCCCGUACAGAGUCCCACACUCCGCCCCGAGGCUGUGUCACCUAUCAACACGGACACGAGGCCUCUCACGACUAGGAGCACUGCCAACUCAGCAUUAAAACGAGAGAAAUCACCUACUAGAAGUACUCCGGUUCGAGAAGAAACCCCGACAGCAGCGCCUCCCGUUGCGACACAUCCGGAGGCUCGUUCAAUUCUUGCAGAAGAGAUUGGAGAGCUACAUCUGUUCGACUUCCAGUCUGGUGCGUUCAUCCUGCAAGAUGCGGCCGUUAAAACAACCGUCUCUGAUGUGGGUAAGUGGCAAUACUGGCUGCAAAUUGGAAACGAAGACAAAGAUUGGCUUGGCCAAGAGAUUAUUGCCGAUAUCAACCCUGUCUUUAGCUUUGAAUACUUGUCUUGCAUCUUCAACGCAUACACACCCAAUGGUGACGCAUACUCUUGGCUCCUACGUUUUAAGGAUGAGGCUACUCUCCUGCGUUUCCAGGAGGGCCUUAUGCAGGCGCUAUGGGAACAGCUGAACGAGAUCAAGUGGAAUAAAGCUAAGGAGGAGCAACGCGAUUACGUUAUAGAGGCGUUUCAAGACCUUACCAUGGAAGAUGCAGAGGAUGCGGAGGAAGAAGAGGAGGAGUUUGAAUCUGAAGAGAUAGAUGAUGACAGCCAGAGGAGCGAGGAGUAUGAUAGCGAUGAAGAAGAAGAUGCGAUCACUAGAGAUGACGACGGGAACGUCAAUUCACAACUCGCAGUCGGCCGAAAAGGAGACCGCUCAUUUGUCGUUCGAGGAUCGAAGAUCGGAGUAUUCAAGCACACACCCAACAACAAUCUUGAAUUCUCGACGAAUAUUUCUAAAGUCGAAACGCCAGGUGGAAAGCUCUUUAGUCCCAAGAAGGUGAUGCUACACAUGGAGGAUACCAGUAUGGUUCUGCAGAACGAGCAGGAACCUCAUACGCUUUACCGCAUGGAUCUAAAUUAUGGCAAGAUCGUCGACGAGUGGAAAGUACAUGACGACAUUCCUGUUAACAAUUUCGUUCCGGAACACAAAUUCGAGAAGGAUGGAGGCAAGUCAUUCCUUGGUUUAUCUCAGAACGCUCUCUAUCGGAUUGAUCCGCGUAAUCCGCAGAUGAUUGCCGACGAUGCGAUAAAGCAAUAUGCCUCAAAUUACGGCUUCUCUGCCGGCGCAACAACUGCGGAUGGCCAUGUAGCGGUUGCCAGUAGCAAGGGCGAGAUCCGCAUGUUCAAAAAGGAACACAGGAAUAAAGCUGCGAAGACUCUCCUCCCUGCCAUUGGUGACCCCAUCAUCGGUAUCGAUGUCAGUGCCAAUGGCCACUGGAUUCUUGCGACAUGCAGAACAUACCUCCUUCUCAUUGAUGCCCGGCACAAAGGCAAGUAUGAAGGUGAACUAGGCUUUGAGAGAUCAUUCGGCAAGGAUUCAAAGCCUCAGCCGCGCCGUCUGGGCCUUACACCCUCUCACGUCGCCCAAUUCCAACACGAGACUGGAGCGCCCUUGUCAUUUACCACAGCGCACUUUAACACUGGAGAAGGGUCAACAGAAACCUCAAUCAUCACCGCUACUGGCCCCUUCAUCGUCACUUGGAAUCUGAAGAAGGUGUUGCGAGGCAGUAAGGAUCCUUAUAGCAUCAAGCGCUAUGCAGAAGAGGUCAAAGCCGAUAACUUUAAAUACGGUAGCGAUAAGAACGUCAUUGUUGCCCUGCCGAACGAGGUUAAUAUGGUUGCUAAGCAAUCGUUUAAGAAACCUACGCGAGAGAGCAUUGCUACACCGGCGAGAUUUGAUAGAGGGAGAAGAAGCGAUGCUAAUAGGAUUGGGACAAGGGAUAGUGCGAGGUACAAGCUUGGGAAGGAUGAUGUUGUUAAUUCUCCUUACUAA